AAUAAUGCUGGAUAGAGACAAAUGAUUAGCCAGUAAAUGCUUGAAUUCAUUUACCUUGCGAGUAUCAAGUAACUCGGAGUGAAUACAACUUGUGCUUUCACUUUAUUGAUCACUAGGCUACGUGUGAUCGUGAUUUUAACUCUUGUAUAUGCUUGAAUAAUGUCACAAAAGAAACAGAGUAGGUGCAUAUCAAAUAAUUUGUGUUACGAAAGUAUUUAGCCCUUUUUCUCAUAAGCACUCUGAUUUGCAUGCCAAUCAUCCAUUCUAGUAUCUCCGAAACACACAAAAGCCUAAAGGGCUAUUUCCCACUUCUCUUGUUCCCUCUUUUUGACUGGUAAAGUAGUUAAAAAACUUGUGCACAGUGGAAAAUGAGUUCAUCAAGGUCAACUUCUCUGCAUAAUGAUAAGCAUAUGCAAACAGAGGGCUCUGAUGACUUGUCGGUUUCGGCAAGAAAACUGGCUUCUACUCUAUGGGAAACUAAACUGAAGGAUUUGGAGGAAAUGGGUUGGAAAGAAAGAGUUUCCAAAUUGGGUUCAGCAGCUCUGCAAUUUCAUGACCCUGUUUCUGAGAGAACGGAGCGAUCCAAAGUGCGUAGUCGUCAUAGAAGAAGAAAAUCUACCAAGGCUGAUCUCUCUAACCAAAAUGGUUGCUCAAUAGAGCUUGAUAGGACACAAAAUCAUGGACAGACUCUAAGCAGACAUCAUUUGAAGGAUGUGUGUCAUGGUCUUACCACAUGUAAAGAGCUGCUGAAAGUUCUGAGUCAUGUCUGGAAUCUUAAAGAUCAGAAAUCUACAUGUUCAUCCCUUUUUGCAGCUAUAAAUACAGAGCUUGACUGGUUGUGUGACGAGGUGUCUAAAUUGAUACGCGAACACAGACAUAACCACAGUGAAGUUGAUGUCCUCUUGAAGAAGUUUGAAGAAGAAAAGAUGGCCUGGAAGGUAAAAGAGCAAGACAAGAUUCAUACUGCUAUUACAUCUGUAGCCAGGGAGUUCAAGAUAGAGAAGAAAUUGAGGAAGCAAACUGAGAGAUUAAAUAAGAAGCUUGGUAGAGAACUGGCGGAUACAAAGGCAUUGCUUUCAAAGGCAGUCAAAGAACUUGAAGGCGAGAAAAGGGACAGAGAUAUAUUGGAGCAAGUGUGUGAUGAAUUAGCCAGAGGUCUCGGAGAAGAUAGAGCAGAGAUGGAAGAAUUGAAGAGACAAUCUGCUAAAAUCCGGGAAGAGGUGGAAAUGGAACAGAAAAUACUUCAACUAGCUGAUGUCAUGCGGGAGGAAAGAGUUCAAAUGAAGCUAUCAGAAGCCAAAUAUCAAUUUGAGGAGAAAAAUACAGUUGUGGACAAGUUAAGGAAUGAACUUGAAGCAUAUUUGAGAUCCAAAAAGGGCCAAGAACAAGGCUGUGAUUCGCUGAAUUAUGAAACAAUCAAUGAGCUUGAGAGACAUUUGAGAGAAACGCUUCCAAGCACACACCAUUACCGAGAUAAAGAGAAGGCAGAUGUAGAAAUACUCGAUAAAGAAGAGGAUGGAGACGAAGGUGAUUCAACUGAUAGUGAUCUUCAUUCAAUUGAACUAAACAUGGGUGAUAACAGCAAGAGCCAUCAAUGGUGCACUGCUCUACAGAAUGAUCCGAAUAGAUUGUUGAUUUCUGAUCAAAAUAAAGGGAGGAGGUCCAUCUCAGAGAAAUUCCCAGUGCAAAGCACUUCCUUAGAAAGGGAAACUUCAGAUGGCAUUGAGUGGGAGUUCUGCGUGGGAGAGAAAGAAAACGUGAACACUAUAGAUGGAGGAAUUUCAAACUUUCUUAACAACGGAGGAACACCAGAAUUCUCUUCUCAAGCUUGGAAAAAGGAUCAUGCAGAUGAGACGGAGAGAUAUAAGAUGAUCAAGAAUCUUUGUGACCGUAUCAUUUCUGCUUCAAGAAUUACAGCCUCUCAAGGCUUUUCUGGUCCAACCAAGAACUGCAGCCAACAGAAAUUUUCUGCCAAUGAUCCUAACAAAGUGAUGGUGAGGGCUUUGCCAUCUUGCAGGGAGAAACUUGAAGGAAUACCAGAGAUUAUUGCACUGUCUUGCAGGGAGCUACUCGAAUGAAUGCCAGAAUGCCAAUUUCAAGAAUCCAUCAUAAACAGCAUGCUUCUACAGCCUGAUGCUUUUUUUACAUAACUAGAUGGACAUAAUUAUGUUGUUCUUUGUCUGAAUGAAAAGCUAAAUAUCUGAUAAUUCAGCAAUGUCAACAGAAUUUUGAGUUUUGGUUGUUGGAUGAGACAAAACAGUUCAAAAUUUUGCUAAUGUUCUAUAAGGAAUGAAUAAACGUUUUCUCUAUUCAA